AUGGAUCUUAAUCUUAGUGAUGCUAUUAGUAUUGACUCUAAUAAGAGACUAAAUGAGGGAGAAUCAACUGCAAGUUUCGCUCAUAGGGCAAUUAAAGAUGCAACUGUUUCAAUACCAGAAAAUCCAUUACUUCGUAAUUUGAAUUCACGUGAUGCCAUUCAAAAUCCAUCUAAAGAUAUCAAUUUGGAUUCAGCUACAUCAAUAAAUGUUCUUCAUAAAAAGUCGUUAAAUAUUUUUCAGUUAGUUAUCAUUAUUAUUUUUUUCCUUCGUUUUAAGAGAGCUCACUCUCCUAAAUUGAAAGCUAAACAUGAAAUGAAUGUUAGGUUGCAGACGAUAUUGGAUAAUAGCAAUAAAAAGAUGAAACGUGAUUUGGAAAAGAAAAUUCGAGAAGAAGAAAAAAACAUGGAAAAGCAGGAAAAGAAACUGCUAAAAAAAAAAAAAAAAAUAGAAGAGAAGGAAAAGAGAAUUCUAAGAGAAAAGGAAAUGUGGGAAAAGAGAACGCUAAAAGAAAAGCAAGAGUGUGAUAAGAGUAAGCUAAAAGAAUUGGAAGAGUGGGAAAAGCUAAUUAUAAAAAAAGGCGAAAAUUGGAAAAAGGAAAUGAUAAUAGAAAAAAUAAAGUUGGAAAAUGAAAUACAAAAAAAUAAGGAAGAGGGGGAAAAGAGAAUGCUAGAAAUAAUUGAAAAGUUUGAAAAGGAAAUGCUAAAAGAAAAGAAGAGUGGGAAAAGAGUAUAA